GGCAGCACUAACAAACUCGACGGCACAUUCGUACACAAGCGCAGGCCAGUUGUUAAAUUAAAGUUAUUGUUAUUAAAAAAAAAAAAAACAAACAAAAUGAUGGACGGCACGGAUGAGUCAAACCUAUUGAAUAGUCCCACGAAGAACAAUGGUGGUACUAUGGAAAUCUCAUCGCCAAAUCCAUUGGCACCGACAGCAAACACAAACGGAAGCGGAAGUGCCACUUCACCGGAUAGCUCUUCGUCGGCGCCAGUGACACCAGCUGCUCUGGGCGAAAAUUCGCUGCAUGUGGAGAUCUCUGAUGCGUUAAGCGAGAAGGAAAAGGUCAAGUUUACCGUUCACACACGCACCACGUUGCCUGGCUUCACCAAGAAGGAUAACAAUGUGGUGCGCCAGCACGAGGAAUUUGUUUGGCUGCACGAUCGCAUCGAGGAGAAUGAAGACUAUGCGGGCUAUAUUAUUCCGCCCUGCCCGCCACGACCAGACUUUGAUGCGUCACGUGAGAAGCUGCAGCGUCUAGGUGAAGGCGAGGGCAACAUGACCAAAGAGGAGUUCAAAAAAAUGAAAUCCGAAUUGGAAGCCGAGUACCUGGCUACGUUCAAAAAGACCGUUGCAAUGCAUGAAGUAUUUUUACGUCGCCUGGCCAGCCAUCCCGUAUUUCGCAUCGAUCAGCAUUUGAAGGUGUUCCUGGAGUACGAUCAGGAUCUGUGUGCUAAGCCGCGCAAAAAGAUGGCCAUCUUUGGUGGGUUUGUCAAAUCGCUGGGCAAGACCACUGAUGAGAUACUACUGAGUGCUACUGUGCGCGAUGUUAAUGACUUCUUUGAGAAUGAACUGCAGUUCCUUACCGAAUACCAUGGUCACUUGCGUGAGGCAGCAACGCGCACUGAGAAAAUGACGCAACGCCACAAAGAUGUCGGCUAUUCGCAUCAAAAGAUAUCGAACGCCCUGACACAGCUCUCGACCACCGAGAAAGGCAACGUGGAGACUUUUGUGGCGAAGGCUGCGGAGGUGUUCGAACGCAUAAAGAAUCUGGAGACACGCGUUGCCAGCGAUCAGGAUUUAAAGCUGGGCGACACUUUGCGCUAUUAUCAGCGGGACAGCAAUGCCGCCAAGGCCCUGUUGAUACGACGCCUACGUUGUUUGGCUGCCUACGAGACAGCCAAUCGGAAUUUGGAGAAGGCGCGUUCCAAGAACAAGGAUGUUCAUGCGCCCUUGGAGGUGCAAGAGGCUGAAACUGCUCAAGUGGAGGCCUGUGAAAAGUUUGAGUCUAUGUCAGCCUGCGGCAAGGAGGAGCUGAUUGGCUUUCGCAAUCGACGUGUGGCUGCUUUUAAAAAGAGUCUCGUUGAGUUAUCCGAUCUGGAGAUCAAGCAUGCCAAAAGCCAAUAUGAUUAUCUGCGUCAAUCGCUGUUGGCCCUUAAGGAAAUCGCCUGAAAGCCGACAGGCUAGGCAUAAUCAUCUGCACAUUGUUUACACACCAUUAUUAGCCAAGGGCCUCCAAGGAGUAAAUCAAUUGGUUUUUGCUAAGCAAACAGUUUUAUUAUCUCUUAUCUACAUAUUAUUAUUAAAUGCAUAUGCAUAUACGUAUACAUAUAUGGCAUAUGUAAGAUCUAGCUAAUGCUUUGAAUGUAUAUGCAUUUCCGAAUAUGAAUUUGUUUGUGAAACAGAUCGCUUUUAUAUAUGUAUGUAUAUUGUAUAACGAGCAUUCCUCUAUGAACUUUACUAUUA